UAAAGUUCCCACAGAGCACGAAGAACAACAGUUUGCAUUGUGCUUCUUCUUUUCGGUGUCGUAUAAAAAGAAAGAGAAACGCUCCCGUCGGCAUUCAGAAGUUUAUUGCGAGGGGUUAUUUCAUAUUACAUCUAGUCUUCAGCGGUUAUUGCGCGCCUAAUCCUUUUCCCAAGCCCCUGUUGCGUAUUUGUUUUGCUGGCACAGUUUGCUCAAACAUGGCGUGCAACAAAGAAAACCGUAAACUAUUGAACGGACCGUCAUCGGUAACCGCGAGCACAGGCAUUCCUUCCCAUUCAGGGACGUUGCUGGUCAAAAAGGGUGCCGGUAUUGGAGGUCCAGCCGCAAACACGGCCGCAGGAAGGAGCAACAAUGCUGCGAAGAUGAUCGGGAAGGCAGCGGAAGGGGGAGGACAGCAUAUGGGAGGGUUCAAAGCACCUCAGUUGCCGGCACCUGUGGUGCGGCCAGCGGCCAGUAGCAGUAAACCUGUGCCCGAAAAGCAAAUAACUCCAAAGACUGAGCAAACCCGGUCCGAACCGAUGGAUACGACGCCGGCCGAUGAUAGGCCGGAUGCGGCAGAGCAGAAGCAAAGUGGCACGGACGGUAAUCAACAGGCGCAACAGGCCAAACCGGCCAAAAAGGUGUGGACACUCAGCAAUUUCGAUAUCGGCCGUCCGCUGGGUAGGGGCAAGUUUGGCAAUGUCUAUCUGGCCCGCGAAAAGGAAACCAAGUUCGUGAUCGCGCUGAAGGUGUUGUUCAAAAAGCAGGUGCACGCCCAGGGGAUCGAGCAUCAGGUGCGGAGAGAAAUCGAAAUCCAGUCCCAUCUGCGCCAUCCGAACAUACUGCGCAUGUACGGCUACUUUCACGACGAAUCGCGCAUCUAUCUCAUCCUGGAGUAUGCGCCGGGCGGUACCCUGUUCAAGGAGCAGCAGCAGCAGCCGGGCAAACGGUUCCCCGAGAAACGGUGCGCCAUCUACGUGUACUCGCUCGUGUCGGCGCUGAUCUAUCUGCACGAGCGCAACGUGAUACAUCGGGACAUUAAGCCGGAAAACUUGCUGCUGGGGCACGGUGGUGAGUUGAAGAUAGCCGAUUUCGGUUGGUCCGUACACGAGCCCACGUCGUCCCGUACGACGCUUUGCGGUACGCUCGACUAUCUGUCACCCGAGAUGGUGCAAGGUCAGCCGCACACCAAAACCGUCGACCUGUGGAGCUUGGGUGUGCUGGCGUACGAGCUGCUGUGCGGAAAGGCUCCGUUCCUGGCCACCACGUACGAGGAAACGUACCGUAAGAUUAUGAAGGUGCAGUACACGGUGCCGCCGGACGUGACGAAGGCGGCGUCUCAUCUGAUCUCGCGACUGCUCGUCAAAGAUCCGGCCAGCCGUAUGCCGCUAGAAAAUGUGGCCAUCCAUCCGUGGAUUCAGCUGCACGUGGACAAAAAGUGAGGGAGGGACUGCUGCUGCUGAGUGCCAUGAAUCGCUACGUUCGCCUUAAGUAUUUUUGUAACAUGCCUUUACCUUUUAGUCUUAUAAA